AUGCGCACCGCAGCGAAUUUCCAGAUGUCCAUCUUCGUGUGUGGCGUGGCGGUGAUCCUGUACCGCCGGUUCUACACCCAGCGCAGCCUGCGCAAGAACAACUCCUACGUGCGUGGCGCCCGGCUGGUGGGCCUGCUGCGCUCGCCGCGCUUCCGCCACCUGCUGGCGGUGCCCGCGCUGCACCAGCAGAUGCUGUCCUCCUGCAACGACAUCUUGGUGCACGACUCCGGCCUGCUCCUGGAGUACAGCGCAGGGGAGGUGGCGCUGACCAUCCUCUACUUUUUCCUGAAGCUGCACCGCCAGCAGGGUGGCGAGGCGGUCGCGGUGCUGGAGGGCAAGGAGGACGCGGAUGGGCGGCCCUGGUUCGUGCAGGACGGACUCGCCCCGGAGCGCUGCCAGGCCAUCGUCAACCGCUUCAUGGAGAAGCUGUACAGCAGGGUGGGGGGCGGGGGGGCGGCCGAGCAGGGCGGGGCCGCCGGCGCCGACAGCGCCGCCUCCUCCCAGGCGGACGCGACCCCGGGGAUGGCGGGCCACGACUCUCGCGGCAGCGCCGCGGCCUGGCCAGGGCCUGAAGCCCGCGAGGGCGACGGCGGGGAUGGGGCGGCAGCCCCGGGGCAGGCGGCUGCGGGCCUCAAGCGGGGCGGUGGGGCGCCGGGCGGCGAGGAGCAGCCCCCCAAGCUCCGACGGACGGGCGACUCGCCGCAGCACCGCCCAGGCAUCCCGCCGCGAAUACCGCCGGGGCCCCUCCCACACCCAGGGCCGCAGCCUGACCCGGAGAGCAGCCCCGAGGAGGGGGAGCUGCCGUGCUGA